AGGACACGCCUCCCAGCUGUAGGAAGCAGGGAAGAUGGCCGGAGCCGGUGGAGAAGACAAGGAGCUGGACGAGCUGCUGGACAGUGCACUGGAUGAUUUCGAGAAGGCCGGUCCUCCCCCUCCCCCAGCCUCCGACCGAUCCGCACAGCCGGCUGCAGCCGAGGGACCACCCGCCGAUGCCUCCAAGGACCCCCUCUUCACGUCUCAGGAGAAGUUCUUCCAGGAGCUCUUCAGCAGCGAGCUGGCGGCGCAGGCCACCCAGGAGUUCGAGAAGGCCAUGAAGGAGCUGGCCGAGGAGGAGCCCCACCUGGUGGAGCAGUUCCAGAAGCUGUCCGAGGCCGCCGGGAAAGUCGGAAGCGAUGAGACCUCCCAGCAGGAGUUCACCUCUUGCCUGAAGGAGACGCUGACGGGACUGGCCAAGAACGCCGACGACCUGCAGAAUGCCAGCCUGUCGGAGGAGGAGCUGUCCCGCGCCGUGGAGGGCCUGGGCAUGGACGAGCUGGAGGGCGAGGGGAACAUCCUGCCCUUCAUGCAGAACAUCAUGCAGAACCUGCUCUCCAAGGAGGUGCUCUACCCCUCCCUCAAAGAGAUCACCGAGAAGUUCCCUGACUGGCUGCAGACACAUCGGGACACGCUGCCCCCCGAGGAGUACCACAAGUACCAGGAGCAGCACACUCUGAUGGCCCGGAUCUGUCAGCACUUCGAGGCCGAGCAGUCGGGGGAGGAGGCGGCCAGGUUUGAAGCCAUCAUGGAUCUUAUGCAGCAGCUGCAGGAGUUGGGGCACCCCCCCAAGGAGCUGGCCGGAGACUCGCCCCCCGGCCUGAACUUCGAUCUGGACAGCAUGAACCUGAAUCCGGGAAGUGCCAGCGGCGAGCAGUGCCUGAUCAUGUGAUCCAGAGCGGCGAGGGAGGCUCUAGGACCCAGCGGGAGGCUCGGCAGUCCACAGAGAGGGCGGAUCCCGACCUCUGACACCAGCGAGCGCGCCGGGACGGACAUGCAUGUAGCAAAGAGGACGCUGCCCCUUUAAAUCCUUUGACUACUCUGUACAGUAACACUCAUCAGCUGCGGUGCCCUAAUGGCCACGGACUAGGGGGCGCUGAUGGCGUUAGAGGUACACCGCGCCUCGCGCCAACGGUUUCUAUUAAAAAAGAGGAAACAAAA